AUGGGUGAAGGUGCUGCUAGUAGCAACAGCGGCGACAAUAGCUGCGGAGCGAAUAGCGUGGGUCACCAUACGAGCCACACCAUGGGCCAGGGCGCCAGCAGCAGCAGCUCUGGUGCCAAUGGGGGAGGUGGGGUUGCUGAGGCUCAGAGAGUCGACAAUGGCAUCGCCCUGGAAGCCGCCCUAACAGCCACUGACGACAACACCGACAAUGACAACGAUAAUGAAUCUGAUGAUGCAAGCUCUCUUGCAGACAGUCUUGCCAGUCUCAGCGGUCGCAGCGGCUCUGUAGCAACUUCCAUGCGAAGCUCCGGCAGCCUUGCCAACUUCAACAUCAUCGACACUACUCUCCGUGAGGGUGAGCAGUUUGCCACUGCCUACUUCACCACCGAGACCAAGAUGAAGAUUGCUAAGGCUCUGGAUGACAUUGGUGUCGAAUACAUUGAAUUGACGUCACCCGCUUCCUCUCCACAAUCCAAGCUCGAUGCCCAAGCCAUCUGCAAGAUGGGUCUCAAGGCAAAGGUCCUGGUCCACAUCCGAUGUAACAUGGACGACGCUCGCAUCGCCGUUGAAACAGGCGUCGAUGGAAUCAACAUGUGCAUCGGCACUUCGGCCCAGCUCAUGAAGCACUCCCACGGAAAGGACCUGAACUGGAUCGCCGAAAAGGCCAAGGAAGUCAUCGAGUUCACCCAAGCCAACGGUCUCGAGGUCCGCUUCUCGGGCGAAGACUCGUUCCGCUCCGACUUUAGCGAGAUCCUCAAGCUGUACUCGCUCAUGGACCGACUGGGUGCUCACCGCGUGGGAAUCGCCGAUACCGUUGGAGGCGCCACCACGCGUGAGGUCUAUGAAAAGAUCUCUACCCUGCGCCAGAUGAUUGGAUGUGAUAUCGAGACUCACUUCCACAACGAUACUGGCUGCGCCACCGCCAACGCCUACACCGCCCUCGAAGCCGGUGCCACCCACAUCGACACCACCGUUCUGGGCAUUGGAGAGCGCAACGGCAUUACUCCCCUUGGAAAGCUGCUUCAGUGCAUGCUCAACUUUGGACACGAGUAUGUCGGCACCAAGUACCGACUCGACAAGCUUCCUGCUCUUGAGAAGCUCGUCGCUGAGGCUGUUGAUAUCGAGGUCCCUUGGGACAACCCUGACCUCUCGGUGUUUUUGUAA